UGAUCGAUGAUCAAAGUCGGAGCCCUCUAAAUUUUUCUUAGUAAUUGAACUCUUGAUUGACAUAAAUCUAAUCUACAAGAAUCGCAGAUCUUGAUUGAUGUCGCUAUUGAAUCAACUCUUCAACAGAGGACUCCUCGGCCAAAAAUGUAAAACAUGCUUGACAUUGACUAUUUCCCGUAUAAAAUUGCUGCAAAACAAGAGAGAUGGGCAGCUUAAGAUUAUGCGGAAGGAGAUUGCCCAAUUUCUCCAAGCUGGCCAAGAAUCAAUUGCGCGAAUAAGGGUGGAGCAUGUUAUACGAGAGCGAAAUAUCUGGGAUGCAUACGAGAUCUUGGAAAUGUUCUGUGAAUUUGUUCUUGCCCGUGUUCCCAUUCUUGAAAGCCAAAGGGAGUGUCCUUCUGAAUUGCGUGAAGCUGUGGCCAGCAUAAUCUUUGCUGCUCCUAGAUGUUCGGAUUUACCCGAUUUAGUACAUGUUCGUAAUUUAUUUGCUGCAAAAUAUGGAAAAGAGUUCAUUGCUGCUGCUUCUGAGCUUCGGCCUGACACUAGUGUCAACCGUACAAUUAUUGAGAAACUUUCAGUUAGUGCACCAUCUGCAGAAGUGAAGAUGAAUAUUCUGAAGGAAAUUGCACGAGAAUACAAUGUAAACUGGAAUUCUUCCAAAACUGAAGCAGAAUUUUCUAAAAAACCUGAGGACCUUCUGAACGGACCAAAGCACAUAGCUGCACCGACUUUGUCUGUUUCUCAAUCAAGCGCUGUCCACAGUCCGCCUAUUCUGGAGCAUUCAAAUACAUCUUUAAAUGGUCAGCAAGGGCAUUCCAAUCAAUCUGCAGUUGCAGUCAACAAUAUACCCCGGUUGGCCACCAACAAGCCUAAACCACCCUCUCUUAAGGAUCAAAGCGUGGAACCAAAGACUGAAAGCAAAGAAACAAGGUCGCAAUCAUCUGAUCCAUUGGAGAAAGCUCGAGCUGCUAUAGCUGCAGCAGAGCGUGCAUCAGCUGCUGCUCGUGCUGCUGCUGAGUUGGUAAAUUUCAACUUUAGCAGUGAAGCUCGAGCUAGCUAAGAGUUGAUUUAACUAAUACCCAUUUCAUAUUUUCCUUUUGAUUGGCUUGAGGACUGGAGAGGAGGUUGAGACAGUUGAAUGCCUUUGUGUUGUUAAAAACAAGGGUAUCACAGGCUGAAAUGGUGGUCCUGAGUCAAGGAAGAGGAAGCAUUGGACAAGUCCUACAGGAAUAUGCGUGUAUAUAUUGUUAUUGUCCUCCAAUAACACCUGUUACUUCUAAUUUCCCUUUCUGUUGGAUACUCCAAUAUGUUUUCAAUGGAAUGAAUUUUCAGAGCUCACUGACAA